UCGAUCUGUGUAAGUACGACAGUGCUAUCAAUGACGGCACAGAUGCUGCCUUGAAACUGUAGGGAGGAGGACGGCCGCUUCCCGCUGUCAGUGUCACACGCUUGAGUUUAUCUGAUGCCCAGUGGCCAAACACUGACCGGAUGAGAUUACUGCACUCUCUCAAACCGUAUCUGGCCUCGUGGAUCUCACACACAGCCAUCUCCUCCGUCAAACAUGUACGUCGCCGACAAUUACGUGUAAGUUGACCUGAUGCUCUUAGUUUCAACUGACUUUUGUCAUUGUCAUUGUUUACGGGCGGAGGUAAUUCGUUUUCUUCUAAAACGAGAGGGAUCACCAAGGCUAGGAGCGAAUGCUGACUUGUGAGUGAUAUUCUGCUUAAAGGGAGGACUAAGUAAGCAGACUGGCUGUGUCAAGGGGGGCCAUAACGCUGUAAUUAGCCGAUAUGGCUCCAAUUAAGAUUGGCUUAUUCUCUAGAGGGCUGACCAAAAUCAAUGAUUGCACCGCCCGGAAUGUUGAGAUCGAGGCAAUGGUCCGCGGAUAAGUGCAGUUGGUAUGUAAAUGACCCCAGCCUGACGCGCCUCCUGCUCUGAUAGCCCUCGCCCACGUGGCACAGCGAGAAACUUCUCCAUUGAGAGAAUGGACUCUCUCUUCGCGAUAUUGCAAUGAAACAUGCACGUGUGACCUGCAGCAAAAAAUGAAUCGCUACUGUUGACAGGAGGACAAAUUGUAUGUUAUUGAACAGCUGCGGACCCGAGGCUGCCGAGACAACCCCAGGAGAGGGAGCCCCGGAAGGCUGGGCAUAAACACAACAGGACUGUCUCCUAGAUUCAAUAAACGUUCAGAAUCAAGCACGCGGCUUAUCACAGUUUACAGGCGAGCUGAUACAAGCUUCUGUGUUUGUUAUAAUCCAAUCUCCGGAUUGUGCUCAAACGAUCGUACCGACAACAACAAAGAGAAUAUCUACGGUUAAGAAGCGAUGGAUGUUGGUACUACCUGAUGUGUGAGUAUUGACAGGUGCGUGGUUUAUUCACAACUGUUGUGUAUGGGUAUGUAACUAGACUUGCUGUGGUGUAACUACAUUCAGCUGUCACCUAGGCAUCAGAACAGCCGUCGAGUCAGUUGACAGUACUAAACGGUGAUACACGACAAUCAUGCGGACAUUGUACCAAUCUACCUCAUGUUAUUAGCAUCAACAGAACUUGCUUGUUCAAGUGUGUAUAAGCUUGUUUAGUCGUGUGACCUGAUGGCACUGUGCGCCAACUCAACCGAGUAAGACUCGCUUGUUUCAUACUCUACUGAUCACGGCUGAAGGAUUGGAGAAUACCCAUGGCUUAUUGACUGUAGUCUUCCUUUGUGGUAUUGAAGACGCGUUCAAAAUCAUUUGGAAAGAAUGAGCUCAAUAAUCGAGGAUCCUGCUAUUCCACUGGUUGGAAUGAAUAGACACAGGAAACACAAACUAUACACCAGCUUUGAGCAACAGGAGCUAAAGUCGAAGAGGUUUGCAACGGUAGGAAGUAAACUGGCGAAACGAAAGGAAUUGUUCGCCAAACGCAAGCGCGCCUGUGACAUCGCGCUUGCGUUGGCCGUGUCGGGUAUUUUGUUCAUGGUGAUAGAGACGGAGCUAGCUUUUGCUAAGGUUGUAACCAGGGGAACCCUUGUAUCUAACCUGUUUAAGAUGUGUACCACGGCUUGUACUGUAUCCCUUCUGAUCUUUCUAGGGUUGUACCAUAAACUCGACAUCCAACUCUUCACUGUCAACAAUAGUGUAGAAGACUGGCGACUAGCAAUGGGAUAUAGGAGAAUAUUGUCGAUCUGUCUUGAAUUCACUGUAUGCAUCGUGCACCCGAUCCCUGGGAAGUUCGACAUAACGUGGAGUUCAACCGACUCCGACAGCGAUCCUGGGAGGGGGAACGUCUCCGUGCCUCUAGACGUUGUGCUGUCGUUGCCGAUGUUCCUACGUCUGUAUCUCGUCUGCCGGACAAUACUCCUCCACAGCAGACUAUUUGAAGAUGCUUCGUCUCAGAGUCUAGGGGCGCUCAACAGGAUCAACUUUAACUUCCGGUUUAUCUUCAAGUCUCUGAUGAGUCUAUACCCCGACUACGUCCUAGCCGUCAUAAUGGUGUCGCUGUUUGUCAUUGCCAGCUGGGCUCUCAGGUUGUGUGAAAUGUACGGGGACAAAAUACAUGCAAACUUCCUCAAUACCAUGUGGGUGAUCGCCAUCACCUUCCUCACUAUAGGCUAUGGUGAUAUUGUGCCUAACUCGUACUGUGGACGUGGUAUAUCGGUUAUUACGGGUAUAAUGGGAGCCGGGUGUACUGCAUUGGUUGUGGCGGUUUUGGCUCGAAAAUUGGAGUUAUCACGGGCAGAGAAAUACGUUCAUGACUUCGUUCUGGAUGUCGAUUUGGAUAAACGACUGAAACACGAAGCAGCUAAUGUUGUGAAAUGUGGCUGGUUUGUAUACAAGCUGAACAAAAAAAGUGCCAACGCUGACAAGAAAGACAGACAGGUCCUAGCGCAUCAGCGGAAGUUGCUCCGCGCCAUUUAUAACAUCCGGGAAAUCAAAUGUGCACAGCGCCGCCUAAUGGACCAAGCGGUCACCGUUGUGGAGGUGAGCAAGACCCAGAUUGAUAUGUCAGAAAGUGUAGAUCAAAUACGACUCCGCCAGGUGGCGCUGGAAGAAAAAGCCAACAACAUGGAGGCUAAAUUAUCACUUAUAUACGAUCAUGUCGUUGCCAUAGGCAACAGACUACGAACAGGGAAGUAGUUCCCAAGGUGUAAGUGUAAUUACAAAAAGUGCUGCUAGCGUUCCUGUUUGACGUUUUGAAAGAUGUGCCGUCUCUUGGGACCUGACUUGAAGCACCAAGUGGUAAUGUCAUUAUAUUAGUACACUAAAUGAAUACUAUGACCUUCAAAGUUGUCCAGAUGUCACUGUGGUAGAGUUUGCAAACUCUGGUUUCUUUGCCUCCAUUUAACGCAUGUCCUUCACAAGUACUGCGCUGUUUACUAUCGUUGCUAGUAUAUGUUUGAAGAAAUCAAAACUAGGUGCGUAAUUAACCUUAUUACAUGCUUUUUAGAUGUUAUAAAUGUACAUCGUGUUUGAUGUGCGGAGGACAAAUACAGAUCUGGAUACUUGAUUGUCAGAAGUAGGUGCAUCCUUCGACCACCUUUACCCAAAAAAAGUGUCUUCUCAUGUUCAAUGUGUCUACACUAGAAAAUUACAAUCUGAGACCGUGUCACACAAUGUUUGAGAAGGUAACUAGCCAUGGUGUUAACGAUUACGAUCACUGUUCCAUAUUGUUUAAGCGUUAUUGUAAAUCGUUUUACGGAAUAAUUUACAUUACAACGCUACUAUGUACUUGUAUAUGAUAUUUAAUGUGUACGUUUGAAUGAUCAAAGUAUAUAUGAAGGUUUUACUGCGUAAUAAAAAAACAUGCAUUGUA